AUGGAGAGGGGCUCUGGUUCUUGUUUUCAUGGUAUAGUGUGUCAUUGGCUUGUAUUGGUAUUGAUAUGGCUUUGUGGCUGUCAACAUGUUCUGUCUCAGCAAACGACACUUAAACCAAAAGAUAAAUUUCUUCUGUCUGACCCACCUAUUGGUCUCUUUGAUCCGAUAGAGAUUUCGCCAUCUGUUCUCCCACACAAUACCAACCCAGUCGAGCCACUGUCACCAAUGUAUCCAAACUACACAUCCUAUGAUCCGGUUUUGACUGGAAAAUGCCAUGUGAACUUUUCUGAUCUCUCUUUUAUUAUGGACAAGACGGCGUCUGAUUGUUCUGUACCUUUAGCACCACUAGUUGCCGAUGUUAUAUGUUGUCCCCAAGUUAGUAGCUUGAUGGAUAUAUUCCAAGCUGCAUAUGGUGGUGGAAACAAUACGCUUGUUCUCAAUCAAGCUUCAGCAAAUGCUUGUUUCUCUGACAUCAUGAGCAUACUUGCAAGUAAAGGGGCAAACACCAACAUCCCUGAGUUGUGUACUCUGAGGCCAUCAAAUCUUACUGAUGCUUCUUGUCCCGUGAAGGAUAUUAGCUCGUUUGAGAGAAUGGUUAAUGUAAGCAAACUCCUGGAUGCAUGCAGCAGUGUUGAUCCACUGAAAGAGUGUUGUAGGCCAGUUUGCCAACCUGCAAUAGUGGAGGCAGCGGUUCAUAUAUCCUCAGGAGGGGCAAGCAUGUUCGGAAGUACUACCAUACCUGGAAGUGCGGCUGGAAUUAAUACUGUCAGUGACUGUAAAGGGGUGGUUCACUCCUACUUAUCUAUGAAACUUUCAUCAGAAGUGGCGAACACUGCUUUCAGAGUAUUAUCUGGCUGCAAGGUGAACAAAGUCUGUCCACUGGAGUUCGAUGAUCCUUCUUCAGUCGUUAAGGCAUGUGGCAAGGCAUCUUCAAGGCCUUCAUGCUGCACAGCGUUGCAAUCUUAUAUCGCAACUAGACAGAAACAAAUAUUUGUCACAAACUUGCAAGCAAUUAACUGUGCAACAAUGUUCGGAUCAAUGCUACAGAAAGCUGGUGUGGGGAAUGAUAUUUAUGGGCUGUGUGAUAUUGACCUGAAAGAUUUUAGCCUGCAAGUAGGUUGUCUACUUCGGAGCUUACCUACGGACAUUGUAUUCGACAACGUUACGGGCAUUAGCUUUACGUGUGAUUUGAGUGACAAUAUUGUAGCACCAUGGCCAUCGUCAUCGUCUCUCCAGUCUUUGUCGCUGUGUGCUCCAGAAAUGUCAUUGCCUGCAUUACCGGUCUCGCCAUUAUCAGGAAGCUCAGGCAGGUAUCUCCAGAACUGGAAUUGGGAUUCUGCUGCCUGUUGUGCUCCUCACCACGACCAUCUCCCUCUGAGAAAAGCACGCCAUGUACCGAGCCAGGAGCAUCGUAAUUUUCCCCGCUGUGCAAGCCCCGCGUUGUAA